CUCCUAAUAUUUUCAGAUAAAGGAUACCUGAGUGUGUCAACAGUCCUUUUCAUCUAUUCAGCACUGUCAGUCAUUUCCAUAUCUGCCAGGACAUGUCUGAGCAUUUUAUGAUGUCUAGAUUAUUUGCUGUUUUUAUGUAUUUAACUCUUACUUUUCACAUCUCCAUUCAGUUAGACAUUGGUCUUUUCCUCAUAUACAACGAAGAUCACAGUAAGUGUGUCACAGCUGUGGGCAUCAACUCUGUACAGACGACCUCAUGCAACCCUAGUGAUAAGUCCCAACAGUUCCGCUGGGUCAGCGAGAACAGACUUCUGAGUGUAUCCCAGAAAUUGUGCCUUGGAGCUGUGAGCAAGAAGGACUGGGUUAAGGUGCUGCUGUUCCCAUGUGAUGAGAAGGCUGAGCUCCAGAGGUGGGAGUGCAAGAAUGACACUUUAUUUGCCUUAAAGGGAGCAGACUUGUACUUCAAUUAUGGAAACAAGAAUGAAAAGAAUAUCAUGUUAUACAAGGGUAAUGGACUCUGGAGUAAAUGGAGAAUCUAUGGCACCAAAGAUGAUUUAUGCUCUCGAGGAUAUGAAGAUAUCUUUACUCUUGGGGGCAAUUCAUUUGGAUUACCCUGCCAGUUUCCAUUCAAGUAUGAUGAGAAAUGGUAUGCUGAGUGCACUCUUGAUGGCAGAUCUGAUGGUCAGUUAUGGUGUGCAACAACCGCAGAUUAUAAAACAGAUAGAAAAUGGGGCCUGUGUCCAACAAAAUCAACUUCUGGAUGGGAUACCCACCCUGUAACAGGUGUCCUGUACCAGAGAAACACCCAAGCUGUUCUGACCUGGCACCAAUCGAGAAGAAGCUGUCAGCAGCAGGGUGCAGACUUACUGAGCAUUGUGGAAUUACAUGAACAAACAUAUCUCUCAGGAUUGACAGAAAAUCUGGGAUCGCCACUGUGGAUUGGAUUGAAUAGUCUGGAGUUUGAGACUGGUUGGCAAUGGAUUGAUGGAAGUCCAUUUAGAUAUCUAAACUGGGCACCAGGGCACCCAUCUUCACAGCCAGGACUGAACUGUGCUGUUUUAAAUCCAGGCAAAGCAGCUAAAUGGGAAGACUCAGUAUGUUCGAAGAAACUUGGAUAUAUCUGCAGAAAAGGAAAUACUACCAAUGUAAACCCCGUGAUUCCAGCGAGUACCCAGCCCAGUUACUGUCCAAAUCACUGGGUGCCCUAUGCUGGCCAUUGCUAUUACUUAGAACGAACUAAAAAAAUAUGGAAAGAAGCUCUGGCUGCAUGUCACAAGGAAGGUGGUGAUCUUGCCAGUAUCCAUAACAUUGAGGAACACAGCUUUGUCAUUUCACAGCUCGGCUACUUGCCAACAGAUGAACUCUGGAUAGGCCUGAAUGACCAGAAAAUGUCAAUGUUGUUUGAAUGGACUGACAGGACCCAUGUGACAUUCACAAAAUGGUUGACAGGGGAACCAAGCCAUGCCACCAAUAUGCAGGAGGACUGUGUCCUUAUGAAAGGAAAGGAAGGGAAGUGGGCAGAUCAUGUCUGUGAAAAGGCCUAUGGAUACAUUUGCAAGAAAAAGGCCUUAUCCAUCCCACAGGGUUCAACUGCAGUUGUGAGUGAAGGUUGCAAAGCGGGAUGGAUCAGAUAUGGGUUAUCCUGCUACUACGUUGGAUCAGAGACUCAGACAUUUGAAAGUGCAACUCAGAAGUGUAGGAGCUUUGAAGCCCAUUUGGUUGAUAUUGCUGACAGGUAUGAAAAUGCCUUUCUCAUUAGCCUGGUUGGACUGAGGUCUGAGAAAUAUUUUUGGACGGGCCUUUCUAAUACUGCUGACCGGGAUACAUUUGUGUGGACCAACACUGCAGCUGUGCACUUCACUCACUUUAAUGCUGGGAUGCCAGGCAGGAAACAGGGCUGUGUUGCCUUGACCACAGGAACUUUCGCUGGGUUAUGGGAUGUCAUAAACUGUGAUAGUAAUGAAAAAUACAUCUGCAAGCAUCUUGCUGAUGGAGUGACAACGACCCCAGCUCCGACAACAUUCCCCACUGGCGAUUGCCCUUCUGAUUGGACAGUGAUGGCCCAGGGUAAAUCAUGCUUCAAGCUUUUUAAGAAAAAUUUGAAGAAUAAAAAGACAUGGUUUGAAGCCCGAGACUUCUGUGUAGCAAUAGGAGGUGAUCUACUCAGCAUUCACAGUGAGGCGGAACUUCAUGAAGUAUAUGGCAACAUAGGUCAUUUCUAUAAUGAAAAUGCCUGGAUUGGAAUUAAUCUUCAUGAUCCCAAUGCUGGAUUUAUGUGGAGUGAUGGAACAUCGGUUUCCUAUGAGAACUGGGGAUACGGCGAACCCAACAAUCACAAUGAUGCAGAACUCUGUGGGGAAACGAGCUUGUUCUUUGGAUUGCCUUGGAAUGAUCGACACUGUGAACACUACAAUAACUGGAUUUGCAAAAUACGCAGAGGAGUUACUCUGAAAGCAGCCCCAAAUGCUACUGUGCCACAAUACAACAUGACACAAGAUGGUUGGAUUGAGUAUAAUGGAUCCCAGUACUACAUGAAUAGCCAAAGACUUCCUAUGGAAGAUGCAAGAGAUUACUGUAAGAAGAACUUUGGUGACCUUGCUGUUAUUGAAGGGGAAAGUGAAAGGACAUUUUUAUGGAAACAGAUAUCCAGAGGCGAUGAAGAUCAAUACUACAUUGGCAUGACUGUUGGUCUUGAUAAAACAUUCCAGUGGUUAGAUGGAAGCCCGGUAAGCUAUGUAGCAUGGGAAAAAAAUGAGCCUAACUUUGCAAACAAUGAUGAAAAUUGUGUCAGCAUGUAUAAAAACAUGGGGUUUUGGAAUGAUAUGAAUUGUGGUGCACCUCUUGCCUCCAUAUGUAAAAGAAGCAGCAAUUUUGUUAACACCACUGUGGCUCCAACAGUCAUUCCCAAAGGAGGAUGUCUGCCUGACUGGCUGUAUUUUGAGGGAAAGUGCUACAAAAUGAUUGGGUCCAAUCCUGCUGAACGAAAGACAUGGCAAGAUGCAAGAAAUUAUUGCAUCUCUGUGGGUGGAAAUUUAGUUUCCAUAACGAAUGAAAAACAACAAGUGUUCCUGACCACCAAGCUUCAGGAAAUGACAGCAGAUGUGUGGAUUGGGUUAAAUGACAUCAAUGCAGAAAUGCGGUUCCUCUGGACUGAUGGGAAAGGGGUUUACUACACCAACUGGGCAAAGGGCAACCCAGUGUCUGUGCCCGAUGGCCGAUAUCUCCACUCCGAUGAGGAAUUUGACUGUGUAGUGCUAGUGAGCAGUUCCCCCACGAUGUCUGGACAGUGGAAAGUUGAGGACUGUCUGUUGUCGAGGCCUUUCAUUUGCCAAAGAAAAAGCGAUCCUUUGAUUAAUAAUCCAACAACAACAGCACCACCUGGUGGUUACAUUAAGUUUGGCAAUAACUCCUUUAAAGUGAUUAAUCAGAAAAUGAACUGGGAUGAAGCCAGAAGACAAUGCAAAGCAGAUGAUGCAGAUCUGGCUAGCAUUCUGGAUUCUAUAACACAAGCCUUUGUUAGGCUUCUAGCACAUAAAUACAAAGAACCCAUGUGGAUUGGACUUAACAGCAAUGUGACCUUUGGAUAUUUCACAUGGAUCGAUAACUGGAAGUUACGUUUCACAAAGUGGGCUGCUGGGGAACCUAGAAAUAACAUUGCUUGUGUUUACAUGGACGUUGAUGGGACGUGGAAGACAGGGCUCUGCAAUAACACUUACUACUCCGUGUGUAAACAGACAAAAGAUGUUGCUCCCACUGAGCCUCCACAGCUUCCUGGUAAUUGUCCUGAACCCAAAAAGAGAAGAGUGUGGGUGCCAUUCCGUGGUCACUGCUAUACAUUUAGUGCUUCAGUGGUAGACAACUGGGCCCAUGCUUCUGUGGAGUGUAUGAAGCUUGGUGGAUCUCUCGUCGCCAUUGAAGAUCCCACUGAGGCUGUGUUUUUGCUGCAAAAUGCUGAACUGCAGCGAGACCGAGCAAAGUCUUUCUGGAUAGGACUUUACAAGAAUGUGAAUGGGGCAUGGCUAUGGAUAGACAACAGUGUGGUGGACUACACUAAUUGGAAUAGUGGUGAACCAUCACGUCAAAAUGAUGAAUGUGUUGAGAUGUUCUCUGACAGUGGGAUGUGGAACAAUGCAAACUGCCAUUCAUACAAAGCAUAUAUCUGCAAAGCAGCAAAAGUCAUUCCACCAACCCAGAAAAGCCCCAAAACUGAACAGCAUGCUGGUUCUGGAGAACAAUCACCCCAUGGUUAUGCUGGAAUUGUGGUUGCCAUUAUUAUCCUCAUAAUAACAGGAGCUGGACUUGCUGCCUUUUUCAUUUACAAGAGAGGACGCAGGCCUGUCCAAGGAGAGUGCAAUUUUGAUAAUACACUAUAUUUUAAUACCGAUACCUCUUCAUCACCUGUUGACACUAAAGUCCUGGUAGCUAACAUUGAACAGAAUGAACAGGCCACAAUCUAAAGAUGCUACAUGUGUGUGUAGUGAACAAAAAAGAAAAAUCAACUUAUUAACCUUUUUCCCUGGCUGCUGUGGGGUCUUUAGAGCUAUGGAAUCUUUUAUGAAGCUUCCUGAUCUUGAUUCAGUGGACUUUUGGAGAUUUCUUCUCGUCUGACUCGAAUUAUUACAAUUGUGAAAUGUUAACAAAAGCAUUGUAAAAGUAAAAUGGUAAACUUUUGCAUGUACUUUUUCCCCAUCCUGUUUAUCUUGGUGGCAAUUGCUGUAAAAUUCAAGCUGUUAUCAAGAAAACAAUAGGCUUCAGAAGUGUAUGCUUUCUGAAUGAAUGCAAUGUAACAGCAAACCUAUGCUCUUCAAUGAUUUUCUGAAAGACCACAUUCAAAACACAGUAUUCUACCUACUUAAAGUAGAUUUUGCACCACAGCACAAGUCUGCUAGGUAUACAAUCAAGCUUGUGAAUACAGAGUAGUUUACCGUAAGAUAAAACGAAAUUGAAUCAUGGACAGUCAGUGUGACACACCCUUAGUGUGUCUUUACUGUCAUUCCCAUCAUACAAACAAGUAUUAGGUUUAUUCCAUGCUGAAAGAAAAGAAAGGAAACACAACGUUUAGGCUGUGGAGCCUUCUUCGGGUUUCACCCAAACUACAUAUUCACAUCAUACUUUUUGUUCCCCAAACUCACUAUGGGUCACUACUAUUCUCACCAAAUGUAUAAUAUGAUAAUAUGAUCCUUUUUCCAGCAAAUAUCCUCAACAUUGAUUUCAGUUCCUGAGACAGGAACUCUCCCACGUUUCUUAACCAAACUACACGGCAAAUAAAAUUUUUUGGCAAAUUUUAUUCAUUGUGCUUCCUCAUGGUGUUUUAUAAAAUGUUCCUUUUACCUUUCGUUAUUAGUGUUUUACUUGAUAAAUCAGCUGGAUGAGAACACUUUUCUUUGACUGUAAAUAAAAGAUAAAAAAUUAAAACAUGAUUGUUAAAAA